AUGGAUCAAGUACGGGAAUUAGUUGUAGAAAUUCUUUUUGAACUUUUCAUGGAGAAUCUGUAUAAAUCUGAAUUACUGUAUAAUUCAUUUUCACCAUGGGCUCCAUACAUUGAUCAUGUUCGUCUAUGUCAUAAUCCUCCUUUAACUCCCUUAGCUCCCUUAGCUCCUUUAGCUCCUUUAGCUCCUUUAGCUCCCUUAGCUCCCUUAGCUCCUUUAGCUCCCUUAGCUCCUUUAGCUCCUUUAGCUCCUUUAGCUCCCUUAGCUCCCUUACCUCCUUUAGCUCCCUUAGCUCCUUUAGCUCCUUUAGCUCCCUUAGCUCCUUUAGCUCCUUUAGCUCCUUAA